UCCACAAUUCGGCUGCGUCAGAAGAGGGUAGACCCGUCUCUCAUCUCUCUCCCUCUCGAGGGCCCGAGGGAGAACGACAUGGUGGAAAACAACGUUUCGCCCGCAGCCACAUUUUCUGUCCUUCAUCGCGCUGUUUCAUCUCAUCGCGUUGCUGUGCUUUGUUGGGUCUGCAGCUGCUGCUGCUGUUGCUGCUGCUGUUGCAGUUUCAUGGAAUUAUCUGUCCAGACCAAACAAAAAUUGGUGUUUGGAAACCCUGAGAGAGAUGACUUUUUAGGGCAUUUCUUGACAGCCAGGUAAGUCGAGUUCGAGGAGCUCGUUUAGGCGCCCCGCAAAGAGGAUGGAGCUUUGGCUUGCUCCGUCUCACUGACAGGUGUCCUCUCUCCGGAGUGCAUCAAAACAUGGCUCCUGACAGGACAAAGAGAAUGUUUCCCUGAUGUCAAACCUUUCAAGAGAAAAUUACUUCACCUGUUUGCAUUCCCCAAGGGAAAAGUGAGGUGAACCCCUCACUAUAAAUUUUAUUCGGGUUGUGAUUGACUGAAAUGGACAAUAUGUUCCUAUAUCAACAAGCAAAUGGUGUACCCCAGGAGUCGAAACUUGCAACGUACAUGAAACGAGCUUCUCCAUCAGUUAAUUCUUUGUCAAAUAAUUUGAACUCCAUGAGUUUAGAUCAAACAUCCCAAUUUCAGAAGGUACUUGCUCAAUCCACAGAGUUUGUGCCAAGCAACUUGGCUAAUAGCUCUAGCUCCAAUUCCAGUCCAAACUUUCACGUAGGAAAUUCCUAUGUUUCGCCAGUACGUAGUCCAGCUAAUGCACAAACUCUUGGAGGCUCCCCUUUAAGUCAUGCUGCCUCACAAUCUCCACCACCCAAAAUCUUGCACCCUACUCCUGUACAGCCAACAUCUACUGCUGUAUCAACUUACCAGGAAAAUGUGGGAGGAACUACAUACUUUUACCCAACACCAAUGGGAGGGAGUGCAGUCACAGCAGAUGCUGGCCCAGUGAGUGGGUCUCCCCUACCGGAUGCAGCCAAUGCAGUUCCAUCACCUAACUUUUACAUGUACCCUGGAACACCCAGUCAUUUGACGCCAUUAUCAACAUCCCCUGUAUCCUCACCUGGUCCGGGGAAGAAAUUGCCGCCUGCUGCGUCCAGCAGCUUUUAUGUUGCAGAUAAGUUAAGGCAAGAAAUUGCCAUGCGGAACACCCUUAUUAUGGCAUUACCAGAUCAAGAUCAAAAUUCUGACCUUCCACCUUUAGUUGACAAUUAUCAUGAGCUAUGUCCAUUGGAGCCAGCCUCAAGUGGUACUCCUAAAGUCAACAUAAUGGGAUACCAAACUUCCUCAUACAAAGCAACUCAUUCAAAAACAGGCGUCAGAUACUGUCUUAGGCGAAUCCAUGGAUUCAGACUUCCAAGCACAAAAUGUAUGACUGUUGUUGAUGCUUGGAAGCGUCUUCAACAUUCUAAUAUUGUGCAGCUCAGAGAAAUCUUCACUACAAAAGCAUUCAAUGAUCAUUCUAUGAUAUUUGUGUAUGAUUUCCACCCCGGGUCUGAAACUCUUCUGGCAAAACAUUUUUCCCCCACUGGCCCUGAUGCUCCAAAUGGAUAUGCUGAUGCAUUUUCAAAUGAUCCCAAUGCACCACGUCCAUACAGUCAUCAAAAGAACACCUUGUUAAGAGCACAACACAGUUCUCUUUUACCAGAGUGUGCCAUAUGGAAUUUCAUAAUCCAAGUUACAGCUGCAUUAAGAGUAAUACAUGCAGCCGGAUUAGCUUGUCGUGCACUAGAUCCAACAAAGAUUAUUCUUACUGCCCGCUCAAGACUACGGUUAAGCUGUGCUGGUGUAAUGGAUGUGCUUGCUUUUGAUGCAAAUGUGCAAGCACAAGCUCACAUUCCACACUAUCAGCAAGAAGAUCUGUGUGCCUUGGGGAAGCUUGUUCUAGCAUUGGCUUGCAAAUCUCUGAUAUCUGUACAACCAGAAAAUAUCAAAACAUCUCUUGAUUUGGUUGGUCGUACAUAUUCCAGUGACUUGCGAAAUCUUAUAGUUUAUUUGUUAUCCAAUCAACAGCGACGCUCACUCACAGAUCUCAUGCCAAUGAUAGGAGCUCGAUUCUACACUCAACUAGAUACCAUGCAAAUCCGUGGAGAUGUUCUUGAAAAUGAAUUGGCCAAGGAGAUGGAAAAUGGUCGUCUCUGUAGGAUCCUGGCCAAACUGGGAACUAUUAACGAAAGGCCUGAGCUUAACUUGGAUCCAACUUGGGCAGAGACAGGUGACCGGUACAUGCUGAAGCUAUUCAGAGAUUAUGUGUUCCACCAGGUAACUGAAGAUGGGCGGCCGUGGAUUGACAUGGCACACGUUGUCACUUGCCUAAAUAAGCUGGAUGCUGGUGUAAAUGAAAAGAUUUGCUUGAUGUCACAUGAUGAGCAAAGUGUUCUUGUCGUCACCUACUCAGAGCUCAAGCAAUGUUUGGAAACUUCUUUUGAGGAAGUCUUCAGUGCAUCACUUAAACCAGACACUAGGUAAUAGCAUAUCACAGCUCCUUUGUCUAUUGACGUUCAGUAUUCUAGACACUUAUCACAAUCCAUCUAUAGUCCUGAUCAUGGCAGGGAACUUGUGCAGCUCCGCCCAAAGACAUAGUACAAAAUCUGAGGAACAUAAUUUAUUUGAAUUUGGUUUUGAAAGAAAGAUGUGGUAGUGUGUGAAUCUCCUGUAAUAUUUUGCUCUCAGGAAAUAGUGUGUGUUGUGCAGAGCAGUUACCAUGGAGUUUUCUCUGUUGUAAAAUUUAAUUAAUUAAAUGCCUGUUUAUAUAGAUCAUGUCAUGUUAAACAUGAUAUUCUUAGUGUUUUGGACAGUGGUGCAAUAAAAUUAAUAUGUAUGUGAGGGGCAUAGUAACAGUGAGGUGGGUGGUUCCUGAAGCAUUUUUGCUUUUAAAUCCCCAAUUAAAUUAUGAGCUGUGUAUAGAUUAUAUUUGAGAUUAUCAUAACUUAUCGUUUUAGACAAAAUGGCGCUAUUUUUAAAUGACUAGUCCGUUGAGCGCCUUUGGAGUUUUAGUUCUGGGGUUUAAUUGCACCUGUCCCUCAAGCCUGUAAUUGCGCCACUGUUUGUUACCAACAUUUAAAGGUUAUCUUUUUCUGACAAUUGCAACUCUUGUCUUCACUUUGAUACAAAUAUUGGCUGUUUGUUGAGUUGGGUGACUCUUUUGUAUGUUCUCAAUGGAUCUCAACCAUGCCCUGUCCUCAGCAAUAAUUUUUCCUUUUGUACAAUGAUUUUUGAUGUGCAUUUACCGGUUACCGGUACAGUUAUUCUGGUACAAUUAAGUUACAAAGAAUGUCCUUUGACUGAAUUGGCUUAAUGCAUAUGGCUUUCUGUUACUUUCUGUUUUGCCAUGUAAUUUUCUUAAAAUUUCAGAUUUGUUUUAUGAAUUUUGUCUUACUUUGCUUCGCCAUCUGGGUCUGAAUCAUGUUUGUUGUAUUCCAUCAUGUGAGAUUGGUACAGGUAUGUCAAGUUGCUUAUACUUUUUGAAGAAUUUUUGCAAGAGUUUUGUUUUUAUUGUACAGCGUGAUUGUAUUUUGAUCAUGGUCAUGUUUUAGUGUGUCUAAAUCUUAUCUUUUGGCUAUUUUUUAAUACCAAUUGGCAAUUUUGUUUUCUUGGAAUUCUGGGUGUAUGCUAAGCUUCAAUGCGGUAUGGAGCAAACUUAAAAUGAGAAACAAUUUUUUUCUUCUUCUUUUAAAUGUGAAAUGUGUCAACAGUGGUUUUAUUUUCUUAAUGUAAGUUGAAGCAGAAUGACAAUUGCCAUUUUGAAGAUAUUGGGUUUGGAUUAACUUAAGUGAAAUACCUCAACAACUAUUGUAGCAGGUAGUGUUUAGACAUUGAAUGCAUUGUUUGCACACUAUUUGUGGUGCUGUGCUACCACCUUGUUCAGACUGGUGCAGAGUUUUGGGUUCCAUCAACUACCUCCCAAUGUAAACACCCAAAGUUCUUGCUGUGGUUUUUUUUCUUUCCCUAGUUUCUUUCCAUCAGAUGCACGGUACUUAAUUUAAUUAAGAAUAUACUGGUGAGAAAUUUGAUUGUUUUCGUAUGUUGUGAUACUUUCAACCCCUAGUCAAAUCGGGGUUGGUUAAUGAAAUGGUCAGUCCAAUUCUCGUUGAUGCAGUUCAUUAAUUAACUAAGCACAUGUAAAGACCUAUGUGGUCUAAGGCUGCUUCUACCAUGCAGAAGUACUGUUACGAUCCAGAAUGGUUUUCACUGUGAAUUCUUGUGAUAUCUGUGGGGAAAAUACCUGUCAAUUAAGUGAGCUAUUUUUUUUUAAAUAAAAAAAUAAAAAAGAUUA